AUGUCUGACAUGGUGAGGUUGGAGGCCCCGCCGCCAUCGCUCCGGCCCCCCCGCGGCCCACACGUGACCAGGGAGAACCCCGCGCUGCUUCCGCCCACCAAUCACAGCGCGCGAUCGCUCCUGGAUUUCCGCGUCCGGGAGCUGUUUAUUCCCAGUUCCCUCCCAGUGCUCCCAGUAAGAGCGGUCCUAGCACGGAAAGCGCUCCCAAUUCCUUCCGGGUUCUCUCAGGAUCGCUUCGAGUGCUCCCAGUAUUGGUUCCAGCACUGUGCAGGGCACGGCCACUUUGGAACCCCCCAGGGCAGAGCACGGCUGCUUUUCAGUGUCGGCACCGACCUGGGCCGGGCUGGGAGCGGAGGAGGGGGAGGAAGGAAAGAGGAACGGGAAGAACAAGAAGGGGAAAGUCAGGAACAUGAGGAAGAGGAGCUGCAAGAGAAAGAGCAGCAGCAGAACCACUCGGCUCCCCCGCCCGCCCGCUCAGGCUGCAGUUCCCCCAACUCUGGCAGCAUCGCCCUGCCCCCCCGGAACCCACAGGAUUUCCCAUUCCCAAAUCAUGGUCAGAUGGAGGAGGAGGCCGUGAGGAAGAUGGCCCAGAAGCCCUAUGCAGACAAGGAGCUGAGGAUGGAGACCAGGGAGGACAAAUCCCCACAGCUGAACCUUACGGAAAAGGCAUUUUAAACCAGCUCCAUGGUGCAGGAAUCCAAGGAGGAGGAAAAGCCCCAGAGAUCCCUCAUGAGGGGUUACAAAUGCAGAUCACGGUGAUCCAAAGCAGAAAGACCCACUCCGGGCCAGGGAGGUGGCCAGAGAUGCUGCUGGAGCUUAGAGCUGAGAGUCCAUGAGCAGCUUCAUGAUGGGGAGAAGCCCCACAAGUGCUCAGAAUGUGGGAAGAGCUUCAGCAAGUGAUCCUACCUGAUCCAACACUGGAGAAUCCACAUGAGGGAACAGCCCUAUGAGUGUGGGGAGUGUGGGAAGGGCUUCAAGACAAGCUCUGACCUGACUGCCCACCAGAUGAGCCACACAAAGCAGAGGCGUGCCGAUUGUGAGGAAUGCAGGAAGACAUUUAAGACUAGCUCCAGUCUCCUCAGGCAUCAGCAGAUUCAGAGGAGAGGCCCUUCCACUGACCCAACAAUGGGAAUGGCUUCAACCAAAACUCCACUGUCGUCACCCACCAGCGCAUAUAUACUAGGACGAGGCCCUACGAGUGUCCCAAAUGUGUGAAGUCCUGUUCCAGAAGCUCUCACUUUACCCUACACCAAUGAAGGCACCACUAAGGGAAGCCCUGCAAAUCAAGUGCAGGAAGAGCUUCAUGUGCUGCUCCAGCUCCAUCCCCCGUGGCAGGAUCUGUGCUGGAUGUUCCUGUGGCCCCCAGUGGGCAGAGCAUUGCUGGUCCAUGGUGCCCGUGAUCUAUGUUAGAAAUACACCUGGCUGGGUGGCUCCACAUCCUCCUGGCUCCCCAUGGGCACCUGGACAUAUCCACAGAUCAACAUCAGAAAUCCAUUGUGAAGAGCACGUUUGUCGACUUCUGACCCGAGAAAAAUCUCACUCUUUGCAUCUUCUGGUGGUAUCAAGCAACACUGAAUGGCCUUGGAGGUCUUCUCCAAUAGAAAUCCAUCAUUUUAAUCCUUUCUGGCUCAUGGGCAUCUUCCACAGCCAAAUGGGAACAUACUGGGGCAAACCCCACAAUUUUGGAGAUGGUGGGGUGGAAACCCCUUCAAAAAGGGUUCUUCCCACCCAGCCAAGCAUGUGGAUGCUUUGCCAGCAGGGACACAUAAAUUCUUUUGUUUUGGCCUUGAAACGGUUUCUGUUCAUUCCUUUGAAAGCCCUGUAACUGGGGUUAAAAAUAACGACAAGGAACUAAGACAUGGGUGGGGCCAUGGGGGGAGAUGGAUGAGGAUGUGAGGAACAUGGAUGGGGACAUUGCGAAGUGCUGUCCAAUGCAGGUACUGCCACCACAUCCCCACUAUCACCACCACAGUGCACCAGCCAGAUGUCAUCACCCAGCAGGGCAGGAGGUGGAACUUGUUGGGCUGUUGACAAGUGGCCCGGAGGUGAGUGACAGUCACCAGGGCGUCCUAGGGACUCCACGCUCAGAGGACCCCAAUGGCCCAAGGUACAGCACAAGGGUCAGUGCCACCCACAGUGUCAUGUGGCCCCAUGCUACAUGUCACCAGGGGUGUCCUGGUGACAUUGUCCCCCUGCUAUCUGUCCUGGUGGCAUCAUGUCCUUUCCCCUCUGUAUGUCCAAAUUCCCUACCAUAUCUUCCUCUCGCCUUCCAUGUGUCCCCUGCCCC